CCUCUCGGGAUGGCUGAGGGGCAGCGUCUGUCCGAGUCCGAGGGCUUUGGCACAGCUCUUGAACAAUUCAGCUCAUUGUUCGUUGGCUCUGAAACCUCUCAGAAAGCUGGGGUUCUCCCUUCCCCCUGGAGUCCUUCUAAGGCAACGUGCAGUUCCCCAAAAGGUCCCUUCCAGCCCCACACAUGAUGCUUUGGAAACCUUGGUGGGUGUAGCCAAACAUCUCCAUUUCUGUUGUCAGCCCAGCAUUUUAAUUUGGCUGUUUAUUCCUGUCUCUGAGAGGCUGCAGGCUGGUUUUUACUGCUUUGGCUUGCAGGAGGCACGUGCUGCAGGAGCAGCAGUGGGAUGAGAUCAUCCUCCAGGCAGGCAUUCUUCCUCUUGAGGUUUUAGUGUCUGAAAUGGCCCCCCCGGGUUGUUUGGAGAAGGUGAAGUUUCCUCAUGGUGUGCUUGUGGAAGGGCAGGGCCUUCUGGUUACUUGUAAACUAGUUGAACAGGUUAAGGGCAAUAGAAGCUGAAAAGCCCCUCCUUGCUCUGCUCUGAACCUCCCUACCAUCUUCACCAUGGCUGGUGGCAUCACUGACACAGGAGAGCUUUACUCUCCCUAUGUUGGUCUGGUUUACAUGUUCAACCUCAUCGUGGGGACAGGAGCUCUAACCAUGCCCAAGGCUUUUGCGACAGCAGGGUGGCUCGUCAGCCUGGUUCUCCUCAUGUUCCUGGGAUUUAUGAGUUAUAUGACUACAACCUUCGUGGUGGAAGCCAUGGCUGCUGCAAAUGCCCAGCUGCAGUGGAAGAGGAUGGAAAAGCACAAGGAGGAUGAUGAAGAUGAGGAUUCUUCUUCUGGAGUAUCUGACAGUGACGUUCUCCUCCAAGACGGCUACGAGCGCGCAGAGACACGACCCAUCCUGUCAGUUCAGAGACGUGGCUCACCCAAUAUUUUUGAAAUCACUGAGAGAGUGGAAAUGGGCCAGAUGGCUUCAAUGUUCUUCAAUAAAGUGGGUGUCAACCUCUUCUAUUUCUGCAUAAUUAUCUACCUCUACGGAGACCUGGCAAUCUAUGCAGCAGCUGUACCAGUCUCUCUCAUGCAGGUGACCUGCAGUGCCACUGGCAACCAUUCCUGCAGCGUUGGAGAUAGCACAAAGUAUAAUGAUACUGACAAGUGCUGGGGGCCGAUUCGAAGGAUUGAUGCUUACAGACUCUACCUGGCUGCAUUCACUCUCCUCCUGGGUCCUUUCACCUUCUUCAAUGUGCAGAAGACCAAGUAUCUUCAAAUCAUGACGUCCCUCAUGAGAUGGAUAGCUUUCAUCCUCAUGAUUAUUCUGGCCCUCAUCCGCAUCAGCAGAGGCCAAGCUGAAGGUCACCCGUCCAUGGCCCAGCUGUCGGGCAUUCGCAACCUCUUUGGGGUGUGCGUCUACUCCUUCAUGUGCCAGCACUCCCUGCCAUCCCUCAUCACACCCAUCUCCAAGAAGAAGCAUGUCAACAAGCUCGUGCUGCUCGAUUACAUCCUGAUCCUGGCUUUCUACAGCCUCCUGUCCUUCACUGCCAUUUACUGCUUCCGCAACGACACCCUCAUGGACAUGUACACGCUCAACUUCACCAACUGUGAGAUCAUCAACGUUGCCUUCAUCCGCUACUUCCUGGGCCUCUUCCCCGUCUUCACCAUCAGCACCAACUUCCCCAUCAUCGCUGUGACCCUGCGCAACAACUGGAAGACCCUUUUCCACAGAGAAGGGGGGACCUACCCAUGGGUGGUGGAUAGGAUUGUCUUUCCGGCCAUCACGCUGGUUCCCCCAGUGCUGGUGGCUUUCUGCACCCACGAUCUGGAGUCCUUGGUGGGGAUCACAGGAGCCUAUGCUGGGAAUGGGAUCCAGUACCUCAUUCCCGCGUUCCUGGCCUACUGCAGCCGGAAGGACACUCAGCUGGUCUUUGGCAGCAGGAUGGUUAACAAGCACCUCUCCCCUUUCCGGCACACGUUCUGGAUUGUGUUUGUGCUCAUAUGGGGCUUUUCUUGCUUUGUGUUUGUGACUGCAAACAUUGUCCUGAGCGAGUCGAAACUCUGAUGUGCUCUCUCCUGGGCUCCAGGGACUUCAGCAUUUCAGCUCUCGCUCUGGGACUGCCAAGUGAGGGAAAGGUAGAAUGAAGGGAAGUUUCCAGGCUUGGUGGCACAGGUUAGACCUGGACACAGACUUUCUUCACUGCAUUUGGGUGUGGAUGGAGUGGACUCAGCCUUGUUACAGUCCUGUUCCCACACCCACUCCUACAGAGCCGUGGGGCUGAGCCCUUGGCAGCCUGCCCCAGGAGCCAAUGUCCAGCCAUUUCUGCCUCCAGCUCUGCUGGAGAAUCACUCUGUCCCUGUGUGGUUCUCCAUGUGCUGCAGGUCCCAUCACACAGGACUGGCUACACAAAGUGGCUAAAUGUCCAUUCUUCCAAAGGCAGGAAUGUGCUGUGCAGAAUCUGACAGGAGUUUGGGGGAAUUGAGUCUCUUCUGUCUGCUGAGACACCUCCCCACCAACCUCCUGUACCAGCUGAAGGAAGGAGUUAGGGUGGGAAUAGCCCUAAUUCAGGCAAAGUUUACGUUGUGUUCUGUUACAUUUUCUUUUUUUUCCUAGAGUCAUUAACCUGUUUGUGUCCCAUGGAUUGCCUGGGAUCUGGGAUCUUUUCCUUAGAGUGGGAUUUCUCCAGGCCAGGAGUUUAUGUUCACACUUCUCAUCCUGUUCUCCUGUGCUGUGGCAGCCCCAGGUGGACACAGCAACGUCCCUACAUGUGCAGGGAUACAGCUCUUCACCCCGGGGAGGAAACUGCAGCCUGGCUUCCCUCAGCUCCUGCCCCCAGAGCCCUUCUCCCAGUCUCAGCCUUGCCCACCAGACCCUGACUCCAGCCAUCGGGAUUCCUGUGGGCUGGGGAGGUGGGAAUUACCCAGUCCUGACACGUGGGAGGUUUUGCAGGAGCCCGGGCUGUGCACACUGAUGUGUUUCCAGCCUCCUGAGCUGGGUAAUUAGUCUUAAAACAAGGUGGGUGUUAACUCAAGGGAAUGAGCUGGUGCCAGGAGGCAGCAGCAGUGCUGGGCUCAGCCCUGCCUGCCUGGGGGAGCCAACACUGAAACCCUGCUGGAACUGGCCCUGAAUCCCCCCUCUUCUCUUUCUGUGCAGGGUUAAGGUGGGCUUUGAGCUGGUCCUGUUCAGCUUGUCUGAGAAUUGGGCUGUUACCUUGGGCUGCUGGCAGGUCUCUGAGGCUGCUGAUGGUUGCUGUCACACCAUGUAGUGUCAAACGGCUCUGGGUCCUGUGCUCUGGGACCCUCAGGCAGAGAUCAGGUGUGGGUUUUCCUCACAAAACUUUAAAAGUUUUCACCUGGAGUAUUUGAACCACUCCCCUCAUUAAAGCAAGUUCAAAGCCAGGUGCAUAUCACUUACAUUAGAUCCUCCUGCCCUCUGCUCUUGCUGCAGUAUGAAGUGUCGCCGCUCACUAAAGCAAGCUUUGAACUGCAGCUCUUUCUAAUCAAGCUCUGUUUUCAAGUAGGACUUUCUGGUUUCCAUAUGACCUGAAGUGCUCCUCCUGGGGGAAUAUGCAAGUACCUGGAGCUGUAUAAAAACACUUCAUGGCUUUUAUAGCAAAAUCCUGCACCUCUCGAGCCUGAGCACUGCCACUGUGUCCUUGCCAAGCUGCUUGGAGAGGAUCUGGGGGGAACUGUUUAGGAUCAAGCAGGAGAUGAGACAAAGAGGCAUUGGCAGCCCUCACUAGUGAGUUUAAACAUCCCAAGGGAAGCUGAUGUGGCAUCUUCAGUGCCAAAUCAAGUUAUUUUACAGGUAGCUGGUGCUGGUGUCUCAUUUAGGAAAAGGGACAGUAGUGGUGUAGGUUACAGGGCGAAUUCAAGGGGGCAGUUGAGCUGGGAGCCACCUGUGAGGCAGCUGGGAACUACACAGAGCAGGAGGGAGGAAUUAAUGCUGAUGAAGUGAGCCUUUGGAAAGCUGGAGAGGCUUUGGGGGCUGCUCCUCUACACAAGUGCACAGGUGUGGGUUUAUGGAGGGGGCUGAGACCUUUCCCACCAUGCUGCCUGGGCUCUUGGCUCAGCCUCCAUCCCUUCAAGUGCCCAUUUCAGCCUCUUGCCUUCACAUUUUGUUGCCAGCCAGAUAUAGGAGCUGUUCUCUAUUAUUUCAUAUCCUCUCAUCCUUCCUUCCCCACUUAGGGCUGUCCUGGAUCUCUCUCCCUUCCUGCCCCUGUUUCACACUGGGCAGUUUGCCUGGGGUGGUAGGAGGGAGGGAGCCCAGCCUGGCACACCUUCUCCUGCAUCUCUUGUGUUUCAAAAUGUGCCUUCUCUUCCCUGGACACCUCUUCUCCUCAGCAUGGUGUGUGACAGUGACUUGGAGGGGACCUUAGCUCUAAGAUCUGCUUGGAUCCAGGCUUUGGAUGCACUGGGACAAUGAGAGCUCAUGUCCCAGCCCCAUCUGUGCUGCCUUGCUGAGAAGGACUUUGGUCCUCAGGGAGCACCAGUGGAGCACCAGUGCUUUCUUAAAUAAAUAACCACAACUUCCCAGACACCCACUGUCCUUGCACAGCAGCAAAACAAAUCUAUCCAAGGGGUUGGGGUGAUUAACAGAAAGAAGCUCUACGGCAGAGAGAACAUUUUUCAUAUAAAACAUGACAUAUCAAUGCCUUAAACAUUACUGGAGGGUGUGGGGAGGGGUCGGCUCAGCAGAGCCAGCACUGCCUGGGGUGGGCUGGGGGGACACUGGGUGACCCCCAGCUUGGUACAGUGGGGGCAGCUCCCUCCUCUCACCUGUCACGAGUGAGUCUAUUUUUAUUUGGCCAUUAUCAACACUGACAAUUCAUUAUGACAGCUCCUCACGUGAUGCUUGUCCUGACUGUAAUUAGUUUUCAAAAAAUGGGAUUCAAACCAAUAAAAUGCACAUUAUA